AGGAAGAACAAAACAAGAUGGCGUCUCGAGGAGAAUACGUUGUUUUGGUUCUUAUGGUUUCUUGGUCUUAAUUACAACGUACAUGUGCACAUGUGUGUCGUUUAACAGAGUAAACGUCGUUAUUAAUUGUUUGUAUGCAGAUACAUUAGUCUGCGUGCACUUUGACGUGCUAGCCGAGCCUGCUGGUUAGCUUAGUUUGUUAGCUGCUAAAAAAGAGAGGCGGAAGUGAUCGACACAUCAAAGCAGAGAUCCAAUGUCGCGGGGGCAGCAGCCUAAGCAGGGAAGCCCAGACUUUCCUCUCCCCAGCCGCUUCGUCCAUCUCUUCCCGGGGGAUCCCGAGGCGUUCCCAGGCCAGCCGAGAGACAAAAUCUACCCAGCCUUUCCUGGGUCUUCCCCGUGGCCUCCUACAGGUCGGAUGUGCCCUAAACACCUCCCUAGGUGUUUAGGUGGCAUCCUGACCAAAUACCCGAACCACCUCAUCUGGCUCUUCUCCAUGUGGAGGAGCAGCGGCUUUACUUUGAGCUCCUCCCAGAUGACAGAGCUUCUCACCCUAUCUCUAAGGGAGAGCCUUAUUUCGGCCGCUUGUAUCCGUGAUCUUGUCUUUUCUGUCAUAACCCAAAGCUCAUGACCAUAGGUGAGGAUGGGAACGUAGAUCGACCGGUAAAAUGAGAGCUUUGCCUUCCGGCUCAGCGCCGCACCGAUCCACCUGUCAAACUCACAAUCCUCUCUUCCCUCACUUGUGAACAAGACUUCUAGGUACUUGAACUCCUCCACUUGGGGCAGGGAACUCCACCCUUUUCUGGACGAGAACCUUGGACUCGGACUUGGAGGUGCUGAUUCUCAUCACAGUCGCUUCACACUCGGCUGCGAACCGAUCCAGUGAGAGCUGAAGAUCCUGGCCAGUUGAAACCAUCAGGACCACAUCAUCUGCAAAAAGCAGAGACCUAAUCCUGCAGCCACUAAACCGGAUCCCUUCAACGCCUUGACUGCGCCCAGAAAUUCUGUCCAUAGAAGUUAUGAACCUCCUUGGCGGAGUCCAACCCUCACUGGAAAAGUGUCUGACUUACUGCCGGCAAUGCGGACCAAGUUCUGACACUGAUCAUACAGGGAGCGGACUGCCACAAUCAGACAGUCCGAUACCCCAUACUCUCCAAGUCCACAAAGCACAUGUAGACUGGUUGGGCAAACUCCUAUGCACCCUCAACGACCCUGCCGAGAGUAUAGAGCUGGUCCACAGUUCCACGACCAGGACGAAAACCACACUGUUCCUCCUGAAUCCAAGGCGUCUGUGAAGAACAUCUUCACCCUGAGCAACAGAAGUGGAGCUUCAGGAUGUGGACGGAGGAGCCACAGCCCUCCCACAUUAAGAAGGAAGAGGAGUACCCACUGAUCCCCCAUUUUAAAAAGGAAGCGGAAGGACCACUGACACCCCAUUUUAAAGAGGAAACGAUGGAUCCACUGACCUCUCACAUCAAGGACAAAGAAGAGGACCCACUUACCCCUCACAUUAAAGAGGAAGAGGAGGAAAACCGCAUCAGUCAGCAGGGAGAGCAUCUAGAAGGACUGGAGGAGGUUGAUGUCACCAAGAUGCCGGUGACUGGUGUCCCUGUGAAGAGUGAAGAUGAUGAGGUCAAAGGUGAAAGUGAGGAGAAGAGAGAGGCGGAGCCUCCAAGCAGCAGCUCAACACAACACAUGACAACAGAAGCUGAUGGAGACCACUGUGGAGGAUCACAAGCAGACAAGCUCUUAGCUCCACUAUCAGAUAGUGAGGACACAACGUCACACUCUCCUGACACUGAUGAUGAAGACUCUAAAGAUGAUAAGACAUGUCACACUGACAACACUCACUUCAAGUGUUCUCACUGUGACAAAACGUUUAAAUAUCCUAGUGAUUUGAAAAGACACAUGAGAACACACACUGGAGAAAAACCCUUUUCAUGCUCAAUCUGUGGUAAAGGUUUUAUACAAAGUGGUUAUUUGAAAAGACACAUGACAACACACACUGGAGAAAAACCAUUUUCAUGUUCAAUCUGCGGUAAAAAUUUUACUCUUAAGCAUGAUUUGAAAAUACACAUGAGAAUGCACACUGGAGAAAAGCCUUUUCCCUGCGCAGAAUGUGGUAAAAGUUAUGUAAAAAAUCAAAGCUUAAAAGCACACAUGAGAACACACACUGGAGAAAAACCUUUUUCAUGUUCAAUCUGCGGUAAAGAUUUUACUCGAAGGGAGCAUUUGGAAAUACACAUGAGAAUACACACUGGAGAAAACCCUUUUACAUGCACAGAAUGUGGUAAAAGUUUUGUAAGAAAUCUAACUUUAAAAGAACACAUGAGAACACACACUGGAGAAAAACCAUUUUUAUGUUCAAUCUGCGGUAAAGAUUUUACUCAUAGUCAACAUUUGAAAAGACACAUGAGAACACACACUGGAGAAAAACCUUUUUCGUGUUCAAUCUGCGGUAAAGAUUUUACUCAAAAGCACCAUUUCAAAGCACACAUGAGAAUACACACCGGAGAACAACCUUUUUCAUGUUCAAUCUGUGGUAAAGAUUUUACUCGGAGGGACCAUUUCAAAAAACACAUGAGAAUACACACUGGAGAACAACCUUUUUCAUGUUCAAUCUGUGGUAAAGAUUUUACUCGGAGGGACCAUUUCAAAAAACAUAUGAGUACACACACUGGAGAAAAACCUUUUUCCUGCUCAGAAUGUGGUAAAGCUUUUUUACAAAGAAGCAGUUUGAAAAGACACAUGAUUACACACACUGGAGAGAAUGUGUUGAGUUGCAGUGUGUGUGGUGAAAGGUUCUCUUCUAAGUACCAGUGUAAGAAACACAAGUGUGCUGGUGAGAACAGCAGCAGCAAAUGAAACUGCAGGAUUUGAAAUAAACUGUCAAAACUUAACUUUGACCUUCUAACAACAUCAGCACAUAGAGUCCAACAUUUAUAGAUUAGAUAUAGAUUUUUUCAGUCAGGUACAUGUUUUGAUAUACAUUGUGUAGUUUUAUUUGAAAAUGAACACAAUACUUUGACCGUAAAGGUGAGAAUAAACUGGACAAAACAUGUUACAAAUAUUUUUUAUGUGUAUAGAGAUAUUCAGAAAUCAUUUUUAAUUAUUAAUGUUGUUAUAAAUGAACUUUAUAUGAUGUAUAUAUUUGUUUUACAUGUGUUCAUACCUUUGCUUUUGAGUACACAUAAAUCCCUCUUAUUUCAUAUUUACUGGUUCACAUCUGAAACAUCUUCUGGACCACUUCUGGACGCAAAUUAUUUACUCUGUACAUAAUUUGAGCAGCUGUGUUUUAUACAAAAUCAUUUACUUUUAAAAUGUGUGACUUUAUGAAUCAUUUGUUGGGUCUCAAUAAUCCAUUUAUUUAAUUACCUUUAUUACUCUUUUGUAAUGUGAAUGUUGUUUUAUAUGUAUGUCCCCUUUAUGCAAUUUGUAGAUUAGAGAAAAUGGCAACAUUAUAUGUGGAAGGUUGUGAAGGAUAAUUUUGUCUUUAAUAAUCUACAUUUUUUAUUCCAAAAACUACACAUGACAAUUGUUUUUUAAAGUUGUUCAUGAUUUUUUUCCGUCUUUUAGAAUCCCUCAAACAUUAUUAAUUUCAGAAAACAUGGGAACGUUUUGAAUAUUAGGGAAAAGUCAAUAAUGUACUUCCAUCCAUUUUUUUCUACCACCUGUCCCUUUCAUUUUAAUAUGUAUAGCCUUUAAUCACAAACUGGUCUGCCAAAGGGUGUUGCGUUUUGGAGAAACUCCUGUCAGAGUGCUGUUAAACACAAUAAAGAGCAACCCAAUAAUGUGCA